AUGGGGGUGAAUGUGAGUCGCUACUGCUGCAGCGAGAACGGUGAGGAAGAGCCCCAGUGCGACGUCUCCGUGGAUGCUGUCCAAGUCGUGGAAGCACUGGAAGAGGCUCCGGCCCAGGUGGUCCCAAGUGGCUCCUUAACCAACUCCGAGGGGACGGAGGGGACCGAAGUGCCUACGAUGACCAACUCCGAGCUGCCCGUCUCCCUCCAGGCCACAAUCAGCUUCAAAGUGGACCGGGCCGCGGCCCACGGAAUUCCCGUGUUUUCAAUCCUCCGCGACUUUGGCCUGCGGAAGCUGACCUCGCCUUCCUACUUGGACCUGCGCUUUCAAAGGAGGCUAUGGGAGAGGUCUCAUCCUGCUGAGGCCUUCGACGUGUUUUUCUCACAUACCUGGAAUGCUCCAGGCCGGCUGAAGUUCCUCUCGUUGUUAUUCCAAUACGGCUGGCCAACAGUAACCGUAAGCUGGCUUUGCGUCGUCACGGUGGCCUUUGUCCAGGGUGCUUUUGGCUUGGUGCCCUUGCCCUUCACCUUCCACGCGGAUACUUUAGGCUUCAAGGCGGAUUGUCCCUAUGCCCCGUGGGCAUGGCUCUCCGGUACCCUGGCAGUGCUGAUCUCCCUUUUCUUAUUUCCAUAUUGCUGCUGCGCGAGCUGUUCUCCGACAUGCUUCCUGGACGUGGCAAGCGUUCAUCAGACAGAUCCUGUGCUCAAAGAGCGAGGCGUGUUGGGACUCGGAGGCUUUCUUCAGAUCUCCAAGGAGCUGCGUGUAUUGUGGUCACCAACUUACCUGAGCCGCCUGUGGUGUGUCUUCGAGCUCGCCGCUUUUCGCAAGGCGAAUCCGUCUGGGCGGAUACAAGUCAAGCCGCUGUUCGUUGAGAGGCAAGUCUUCUUUCUGAUCUUGGCCUGCGCAUUCAUGACUGGCAUAUUUGUGGCUGCACGGGAAGGCGUCAGCCAAGCUUAUCAAUCAGGAAUGGUUGCAAUUGCGAUGUCACCCCUGGCGCUUAUCGUGCACACCAACCGAAAGUUCAUGAGGGAGGAGCGCCAGAUCACCGAGGCGCUAGCGACCUUCGAGCUCAAAAACGCAGGGUGCCAACGUGAGGAAGAUAAAGCCUUCCUCCUCGCCGCCAUCAACGCCUGGUAUGGCAGCGAAGAGGCUUUCACGGCCUAUGUGCGCGGCCCCCUGACAAGGGAGCUGCUGGCUGCCUCGACCCUGGACCUCCCCUUCGGCUAUGGGCUGCUGGCAGCCGCGAGCCCUUGUUGCAGGAUUGCCCGAGAGCCGAGAGCCCCAUCACAACCCAAGCUCAAACAAGCUGCCUUUUUUUGA